AUGAAACCUCAUACCCUAAAGUCUGAUUCUGGUUCGGUUAAAUCGAGUACUUCAGAUCAAAAAGGAAGGAAAACAGACGCAGGUACUUAUUACGAGGUAUUCAGAAAUAACACAACUGCAGUGGAAGUGGUAGUCAAAGAGGUUCAUAGUAAAACCAAAAAUAAAAAUAUAGAAACGGAAUAUCAAACACAUAAACGAUCAAAAACUAAUAUUGAGGAUCUACAAGAAGAAAUAGACAAUUUGAAACGUGAGCUAGCUAGAACACAUAUUGCUCUAAUGAAAACGAAAAAAGGUUUUAGAAGUGUUGUUUUAGAAAUGAAAAAGCAACUAGACAUGGUAAACAGCCAGGAAGUAGAAAAACAGAAAGAAAACUUAGUCUUGCAACUAGAAAAUGAGAGAUUAAAAACACUAUUGGACUUUAAAACAAAUGUAAUAAACAGAUUUAAAAAGGAACUGAAUAUUAUAAAGAGGUUAUUGAAAUAUACUAUAAAAAGUGUAAACUUCGCUCCUCAGGUAACGGAGAACGUACCUCUCAGUUCUGAUACGGAAUACGAUGAAUUCGAAAGUGAUUUGAAGAAAAAUCUUCAUGUUAAAUUCGUUACAAAAGUGUUAGACAGCAUGGGAACUACAAUUGAUAGCUCUUUAUCAAAAAGUUUAAAAGAUUCUUUUGAUGUUAAGUGAUGUUACCAAACAUUUUCUUUAAUAUUUUUUGUGUGAUAAUUUCUGUGGGUACCUUUUUUGUUUUAAAAUAUUAUAUACUACAAUAAAAAGUCAUGAAUGUUAUAUAAUUUUAAAGAUUUUAUUAAACAAGCUGUAAUAGUAGAUACCAAAUAAUAAAAUGGACCAUUGUAAUUUGGUAUUUAUUGGAACUACAUAUACCUAUAAAGGCAAAACAUCGCAAUGUAUUUCUGCAGUAUCCCAUUGAUAUUAUAAAGGCAAAAGUUUAUGGGUUUGGAUAUUUGUUACUUCUUCAUGAAAAAACUACUGAUCGGAUUUUGAUGAAGUUUGAUAUAAAGGCAAUUCUAAGUCUGGAUAAACACAUAGGCUACUUUUUAUCCCACUCAAAGGCUCCAUAGGGAUAGAAGUACCUCCAAGGGCGCAUCUUUUUAUUAACGCUGCCUAAAUGGUAAGAGAUAUACGAAUGAUUGCUAAAGAAUAAUUGGAUAUCUUUAAAUUAUCUAUAAAAUAGUCUGCGAUGGCAAAUGUCUAUGUGCUAUGAUAUGGCCACAAAACUUCAUAUAAGAUGUAUUUAAAAUUUUUGUACGUCUUUAACUGUUGAUUUGAGUAGGUCAUAAUAAAUCCUUAUCGAAAUAAAUAUGUUUAUCGUCAAAGAAAUAUAAUGUAAAUAAAAUUGCCUUUUACACCAAAUAAAUUGGAUGAGUAGUUAAGAUUUUACUAUGAUGUUUUGAGAAAAAAAUAAAGAUUUUCUAAUAACUAUUUUGUGUGCAUGUAAUAAUAAUAAUCUUUUAUUUUACAUAGUUAUACAUGAGACUACUCCAGCAAGUAAAAGGAAUAAUUGUGUUGGAGAUGUCUCGCACUUACCAUUUUUUUAAAGAAAAAACAGCGAUACAUAAUUUACAUAAAAAAUUUAAUAUUUUUUUUUAUUGUAGUAUUUUAGUGUGUGUGUGUGUGCGUGAGUGUGUGUGUGUGGGCAUGCACUUAUGUGAGUGUAUAUGUGAACGUGCAUAUUUCUUAUGAUCUCAUAAAGGCACCAGCAAGUUUUAUACUAUUUCAUAGGUCAGUUUUUCAAGCCAAUCUGCAACUGCUUUUUUACAUAUAUGAUGUUGCAUAGGAUAUAUGCUUCAUUUUAAAUUUAGUUGAUUAUAAACUACUGCAGACUGAGCGGAAAACUGACGCUGAGCAAAUACUGUACGAACCGCAGAGAUGAGAAUGAUUUUCCCCUUACGUCUCCUACAGCUCUUAGUAGGAUUGAAAGGCAACACUUUGUGUGUUUUUAGAGUUACAGAUAAAACUCCACUCAAAGUGUUAGAGUUCACUCGUAGCGAAACUGUAUGACUUGAAGUUCAUGACUUUUAAUAAAGUCCUUUGGGCCCUCCCAAGAUACAGGAAUUUAGUUUUGCUAUUUUAAUAAUGUACGAGUAUCUAUUACUAUUUUAAAAUGUCAAUUCACACUUGCUCAGAAACUUGGAAGAUUAAUUAAAGUAAUAUAUUCUGGCCCAAUAAAAUAAUAGAAAUAAACAUGAGCUGUGUGCAUAUUCUGUGGUAUUCCACGGAAACGACAUUGUCAAAAAGCCGGGCAAGUGCGAGUCGAAUUUUUUGACUGUACCGGAAACGAGAAAAAAAAUGUUGGUUUUAUGGCAACCCCUUAAAUAAUAAUUUUAUUUUGAUUAUUUUUUUUUGGAUUUGUUAUUAUAGCGCCAACAGGAAUACAUCAUCUGUGGAAAUUUCAAUUGUCUUAAUAUCACGGUUCAUCAGAUACAGUCUGAUGACAGACGGAGGGACGGACAGCGGAGUCUUAGUAU